AUGAUUAAAGAUUGGGCAAUCAAAGUUAAUCAAGUUCAAGCAAAUUUGAUACUGGCCCUUGCUGCCGCCCAAAAUGGAUAUGACUACAAUAGACCCAACAGGCCGUUUGGUCAGGGGACAUCAAGCCGACCUGGAACUUCACCAGGGUCCGGGGGAACCACGACAACGUCAUACCCCAUAAGACCACAAAGCGACGACUUCAGCGGCCCUGGCGGACCAACUACUGGCUACCCCUCAGGACCUCAAAAUUACCCAGGAUCAGGAGGUCAAAGACCAGGAUACCCUGGUUCUUCAUACCCUGGUCAAGGACCUAGUGGACCAUCAGGCAAUUUCCCGGGCCAAUCUGACAACUCCUACCCUCAAGGAUCACGUGGCCCAUCUGGGUUCCCUGGUCAAGGAUCUAGAUAUCCCGGACAAGGUCAAAAUUAUCCCGGCUCCAACUCUGGACCAUCUGGAACCAACUUUGGCACCACUACUUUCUCAGAUAGUGACAAUGGCAAUUACGAAAGUGGGGACUAUUCGGCUAUUCCUGGCGAACCUGAUAUAGACUACCCCAUUUUAUCCUAUAUCCCUCAAACCUCAUUCAGCUGUAAAGAUCAAUCUCUUCCUGGAUACUAUGCCGAUGUUGACGCUCGUUGUCAAGUUUUCCACGUUUGCUCAAAUAACAGAACGUAUGAUUUCCUCUGUCCUAAUGGUACCAUCUUCUCUCAAGAAGACUUCGUCUGUGUAUGGUGGAAUCAAUUCUCCUGUGAAUCUGCUCCUGGUCUGUAUGAAUUGAAUGCCAAGCUUUAUGACUAUUCUAUCAAAGGAUCUUCGGAUGACUACUCUAGCUUUAACGACUACUCUGGAUCUUCCUAUCCAGGUGGUAGAGGACCACAAGGACCAUCGUCUUACCCAGGUUCUGGCUCUUCACGGCCGUCAAACUUCCAAGGUGGUUCGGGGCCAUCUACGCCUUACCCUGGUAUACAGUCAACCAGUUCAUACCCUGGUUCUCAAGGUCCAUCAGGCGGGUACCCAGGAUCUCAAGGCCCAUCAGGCGGGUACCCAGGAUCUCAAGGGCCCACUGGAAAUUAUCCAGGUUCACAAGGUCCGUCAGGCGGCUAUCCUAGUUCUCAAGGGCCGUCAGGUCCUCAAGGGCCGUCUGGAAACUAUCCAGGUUAUCCUGGUUCAGGUUCUGGUCCGCAAGGGCCUUCUAGCGGGCCAAGUGGGUCUGGGUACCCAGGCUCAGGUUCUACUACACCCUAUCCUGGAUCAGGGCCAAGCAGUCAGGGAUAUCCAUCAGGUAGACCUAGUGGACCUAGCUUUAAUGGAGGUGGUAGUAGGGGAAGACCCGCACAGAAACCUAACAGAGAAUAUCUCCCCCCUAGAAAUUAA